AAUGCGUGAUGGGCAUGAGGGCAAAACCCCACCAUGCUGGAUAAACACAUGAAUUUCCUACAUUUCUUGGUACUGUUGGCUUCCUUGGCUUCUAUCAAAAAUAAGUUAGUCUUUGAUUGUUGUGGAGAGUUUUUGAACCAUAUUUAUAACUUUCAUUUCAUAUAAGUCAAAAAGAUAUCUUCAAUCACUUUAGCAUAUGUAGACCCAUUUUUUAAGUCAUCAUACAUAUAAGAGUAGGUGUAACUCACUUCCUGAGAAACAGUCUGAGAAAACAGCCCUGAUAACAUGGGCCCAGUAUGCAGUGUUGAAGAUACAGAUAGUUAAACAUUUUCCUGUUCUUUUGACAUCUAUCUUUUCUGUGUGUGUAUAUCUGUUGAACUCAUCAAAGUCUAAAAUAUUUCAAUUCAGCAUAAAAUUGCAGUACCAAUUGUCAUAUGGCAUAUAUUUUAUCUUGUGCUGGGACGGGAAAGCAUAUCUAAAUGCAUCAUGCCUAUGCUCAGAAGUAAUGCAAAUCUUCUAUCUUGCCACUGCCAGAAAUAAAUGAAAAUGAUAGUAGAUAAAGGCUAGAAACAUUUUUCUGUGUUGCACUGAUGCAAAAUUUUGUGUGUAGUGAUCAUCAUCAUGCAUUAAGCAUCCACUGUAAGCCAGACAUUCUAGAUGGGCAGAAUAUUGAAGGCAUAAUUUCUUCAACUCUCAUUAAUCAAAAAUAAACACAAUUUAAAGUAGUUGAGAGUAAAGAAUAAACACUGAAAUUUUUAAAACACCUAAAUAGAUUAUAUGAUUUAUAAGCAGAACUAUAUACAUUCACAUAGUUUUUUCAGCCUAUUACCAGUCUCCACUAAAGACUCAUUUACCUAAUUAGAUAAUUGAACUGUGUCUGUGCCUACACAUGGUUGUUACCUUAUGUGAAUUGUGUAUGAAUUGUAUCCGUAGUACACAGAAUAGAGAAAUUCAUGAAUAACAGGUGUUUUAAUGAUUGUUUUUGUUAAAAGCCUGCAGAAAUGCCCAUGUCAGAACCACAGAGUAAAGAAAGAUCAGUGUAUUAAGAAGGAGCUGGCCUGAUGGAGGUCCAUAAUGAGGGUCACACUGCCCUGAUGGAAUUUACCGCUGCUCAGAAUAUGAGUCCCUGUGUUACCAGUGUAAGAAUUUGACUCAAGCAGGAGGUCUCAUCCUGGUCAGAAUCACAAGGACCUGAAGCACCUGAAUGAGAGAUUAUCAGGAACCCAGAGGCUUCGGUGUUGUCUCCCCUUCUCAAUGGCCUUUCUGGUGUCCACCUCAGGAGUCUCCUUGGCCAGCCUUGAUACACUCGGAAAUUAAACAGAGGAUCCACUGCAUAUAUUCUUCUUGAAAAUUUUCAUCGUAUGUGUUCAGAACUUACCAAAUAAGCAUAAGGAUUUGAAGGUACUAACAGAGUGAGGGACAGGCCAAAAGCACAGCAGUAGGUGUGGAGAGGCCAUGGAAUAUCCACCAGCCAGAUAAUCAUCGCUGGAGUAACUGGAAGCAUCUGAAUGUAGGUCUCUCAAGAGGCGGGUCAGGCGGUCUGCACCAGCUGAGAGUCGACUGAGGGAAGGCGGUGUCAAGCUCUGAGGAAAGCAAAGAUUGAAGCUGCAUAAGUAGCCCUUUUUAUUUACCCCUUCAUAAAAGCAUUUUCCUCUUUUGGUUUUCACCUCCUCAUCUUCUACUUCAAGAUACAAUGGAAGGAAAUUUGGGGCUGCAGGAGUCCUGAAGUUUGAUGGAGGGCCAUGCUAUUCAAACAGCAGGCGUGGCUGAGACAGAAGCUCCUGGUGCUGGGAAGCCUUGCCGUUGGAAGUCUCCUGUAUCUAGUCGCCAGAGUUGGGAGCUUGGAUAGGCUACAACCCAUCUGCCCCAUCGAAGGCCGAUUCGGAGCCCGUGGCCAGGCUGAAUUCCCCCUGCGCGCCCUACAGUUUAAGCGUGGCCUGCUGCACGAGUUCCGGAAGGGCAACUCUUCCAAGGAGCAGGUACACCUUCAUGACCUGGUCCAGCAACUUCCCAAGGCCAUUAUCAUUGGAGUGAGGAAAGGAGGCACCAGGGCCCUGCUUGAGAUGCUGAACCUCCAUCCAGCAGUGGUCAAAGCCUCUCAAGAAAUCCACUUUUUUGACAAUGAUGAGAAUUAUGCCAAGGGCAUUGAGUGGUAUAGGAAAAAGAUGCCUUUUUCCUACCCUCAGCAAAUCACAAUUGAAAAGAGUCCAGCAUAUUUUAUCACGGAGGAGGUUCCGGAAAGGAUUUACAAAAUGAACUCAUCCAUCAAGUUGUUGAUCAUUGUCAGGGAGCCAACCACAAGAGCUAUUUCUGAUUACACUCAGGUGCUAGAGGGGAAGGAGAGGAAGAAUAAAACUUAUUACAAGUUUGAGAAGCUGGCCAUAGACCCUAAUACCUGCGAAGUGAAUACGAAAUACAAGGCAGUAAGAACCAGCAUCUACACCAAACAUCUGGAAAGGUGGUUGAAGUACUUUCCAAUUGAGCAAUUCCACAUUGUUGAUGGAGAUCGCCUCAUCACGGAACCCCUACCAGAACUUCAACUUGUGGAGAAGUUCCUAAAUCUUCCCCCAAGGAUAAGUCAAUACAAUUUGUAUUUCAAUGCUACCAGAGGGUUUUACUGCUUGCGAUUUAACAUUAUCUUUAACAAGUGCCUGGCGGGUAGCAAGGGGCGCAUUCAUCCAGAGGUGGACCCCUCUGUCAUUACCAAAUUGCGCAAAUUCUUUCACCCUUUCAAUCAAAAAUUUUACCAGAUCACUGGGAGGACAUUGAACUGGCCCUAAAAUAAUGCGUCAUGCAACACUGUGUGUUGUGCCUGGAGACAGACAAUGUCUCUUCUAGAUUAAAAUAUGCACUUUUCCUAGACACAACUGUCCACGUCAUUUUUCCAUGUAUACUUGUACAUAUGCAGUGUGUGACCAAAUAUAAGAUCAGCUCUUUUUCUACUGAAAAUUUACAAAAUCAAAACAAAACACCAAUUUGCAGUCUACAUAGUUGCAUCUUUUAUGCUAUUUACAAAAAGAAGAGGUGGUGGUACUGGGAAAAAGUGACUUCAGCUAUUCUCAAAGAGUUAGUCUUCCUUCGAGUCAGGAUUUGUCACCUGCCAUUUUCAUAGAUUUAAGCCAAAAGAUGAACAUGUGAAAAUGUACCAAUGGCUGUGAAGUUUCAGGAAGUAGAGGAUUCAGUUAUGCAUACUUUUCUAAGGGAAAGCUGACUCUUUAAUUCAGUUGCUGAAUUGAUGCCAUGAAAACAGAAAAUACUAUUUUCUUAUUAUUUAAAAGAAUGUCUUAGCUCAUAAAAUUGACAUCAUUCCAAAGUUCCCGUGGUGAUUUUGCACUAUUGUUUUCUCGUAUGGAUCAUGGUGUCACUUGUAGCAUGUCAAUCACACGUCGGAAAGUUGAGUCCUUUUGCUUCCAUGUUCUAUGUCAACAAAGAGAAAUGUCAUGUACAUAUUGUAUAUAGUUGUAAAUACUGCUUUCACACUAAGUAAUUCUAUUUUGUAAACUGAAUAUGGCUAUUUAAUUUAUUGUGGAAAUUAAAUUUAUUGUGGUAUUUAAAAAAUGGAAUGGAUUAAAAUUACUCUAUGUGCAA